AAUGUCUUGUGGAUGAGUGUUCAAUAAUGGACUCAGAAGACAGAAUAGAAAGGAUUGUUGAUAUCUACAUCAGUGCAGAGGCUGUAAGAGAAAUGAAAUUUAAGAAAGACACAGACUUCAACACAGCAAAACCCCAAACAUCUCAACACACAGGAAGUGAUGGUGUGAAGAUCAGAAGCUCCAGAGCAGCUGGUGUGUGUUUGGUGCUGCUGUGUGUUCUUCUGCUGACUGCAGUCAUAGUGCUGUGUGUCCUCAUCUAUACAAAGAGCACAAACUACACACAAGAGAGACAGCAGCUGCUAACUAAGAUCACCAACCUCACAGAAGAGAGAGACCAGUUAAAAUCAGAAAGAAAUGAACUUCAGAAACGUUUAGCAGACGGAUGGAAGUGCCAUCAAUCCAGUCUUUACUUAAUUUCCUCUGAGAAGAAGAGCUGGACUGAGAGCAGAAGAUACUGUAGAGAGAGAGCAGCAGAUCUGAUCAUCAUCAACAACACAGAGGAACAAGAUUUUGUGAAGAUCAUUUCUGGUGGUUCUGAACUUUUCUGGAUUGGUCUGACUGAUAUUGAAGUGGAGGACAGAUGGAGAUGGGUUGAUGGCAGCAGCAUCACCUCUGGGUGAGAAAUCACUGAACUGAUCUGAUUAUUAUGUAAUAAAUGAU